AUGAAGCUCGCACUCACCCUCCUCCCCGCAUUGGCCGGUCUCACCGUCGCCGAGGAGGUCGUCUCCAUGCUCCUCUGGGCCGUGGAUCGCGAUCAGGACUAUGAAGCGUCGAUCGUGGGCAAUGACGCAACAGCAACAACCUACAGCCUUGCCUGCCCCACCCCCGUGUCUGGGUCCGCCUGCUCCAUCGGCCGCGCGGGGAUCACCGCGGAGAUCGUUGACCAGAGCACUUCCACUACAUGGGCCUGUACCGCAGAUGGUACGACAGAUGGGGUGUGUCACCGGACGCUGAGCGGCCAAGGCCAGGGGAUCGACAUCUACUUCACGAAUUUCCUGUCGGCCACUGUUACCGCUGGGGCUGUUACCGGUGGGAGCGGGGUUUCGGAGACAGCGAGCGCGACGAGCACUACCCUGGCGCAUGCGAGCCUGUCAACGGACUCGGCUAGUGCAUCCCAGGAAUCGCUGAGUUCCACGAUCACGUCGGCUCCUACGGCUACUGCCAGUGCAGAUGGGUCUGGUGAUGCUACGGUGACCAGGACUUCAACUGGAGGUGUUUCGCGAAUCACUGGAGCUGCGGGGCUGGCUGUUGGGGGCGCGGCGGUUGCGCUGAUGGGGGCUGUCCUGUGA